AUGGGAGACAACAGGUUACGGGUGAUAUUCUCAAUGCUCGAUUGGCGUAGAGCACGAGUGCCACGCAUUGUCUCUGACGGUGGGAGGACACCUCCGGGUGUUCAAUGGUUUGCUACUGCCCGCCUCAAGCCAGGCAGCCCCUGGUCAAAUUGGUGCAAACCCGCCAAAAACCCACCUGCGUCUGGCCGUGGUCGCAGGUGCGUAUCCAAUUACGGUCGCAAAACAUAUGAUAACUGUUCCAGAACCUCAAAGGCUGCGUGUGACGGCCGUCAAGCAGAUCCCAAUCUGUCUCUGCAAUCACAUUCCCGAGCUGGAUCUGCUCUCCACUGCCUUGUGGGUCAGGCUAUUGAGCCAAAGGCUCCGGGCGGAGUCCCUCAAGCAAACCUCCAAACCACCCACUGCCUUGUGGGUCAGGCUAUUGAGCCAAAGGCUCCGGGUGGAGUCCCUCAAGCAAACCUCCAAACCACCCACUGCCUUGUGGGUCAGGCUAUUGAGCCAAAGGCUCCGGGUGGAGUCCCUCAAGCAAACCUCCGAAGCACAACGACCACCUCGCGUGCGAUUGCCCACCAAUGCAAUCGUAUGCCUGCGCGCAAAGCACUCAGCAUCGGGUGCUGGAACGUGCGCACACUACUGGACCGGAACUCGAGCGAGCGCCCGGAGCGACGCACUGCACUGGUCGCAAUGGAGCUGGCGCGCUACCACAUCGAUAUUGCGGCGCUCAGUGAAACUCGGCUCGCUGAGCAAGGUAAGUUACAUGAAGCAGGUGCUGGCUACACAUUCUACUGGGUGGGGAACGCCGCCUCAGCACCACGUGAACAUGGGGUCGGAUUUGCAAUAUCCGACCGCCUGAAUGGCCAGCUGGUGGGUGAACCAACGGGCAUCAGCGCGCGACUGAUGACUGUUCGCCUACGACUCGGAAGAGGUAAGUUUGCUACUUUUAUAAGCACGUACGGUCCGACCAUGUGUUAUCCUGAUGACACGCGUGAUCAGUUCUACACUGAGCUAUCCUCCGUGAUACGGUCUGUGCCGAGGAGCGACCGACUAUUUCUGCUGGGUGAUUUCAACGCGCGCGUUGGGCGUGAUGCAUCAGCGUGGACAGAUGUUAUCGGUGCGCAUGGCAUUGGUUCAGCGAAUGCGAACGGUGACAGGCUGCUCUCACUGUGUGCCACUCACGGCCUGACGAUCACGAACACUCGGUUUGCACUGAGUGCGAGUGAUAUAGCAACUUGGACGCACCCACGGAGUGGUCACGCUCACCUGCUCGACUAUGUCAUCGUACGUCAGCGUGAUAUGCGUGAAGUGCGCAUGACACGUGUACUGCGUGGAGCUGAGUGUGGCACUGAUCACAAAUUGGUUCGGACCAAACUGUACAUAUAUUUUCGUAAAUCGAUGUAUUGCACUCCCGCCGUGAAUCGGCGUAAAUUUAACAUUCUCUCCCUCGGUACUGUGGCGAAACGUACUGAGCUGGAGAAGGCGAUGGCUGCACGCCUGUGUGGUGAUGUGGACUGUAUAGCCACAGUGGGCGACCUGUGGCACCACAUUCGCGACCAGGUGACAGCUGCUGCGGAGGAGACCAUCGGGCGCGCAAACUGUAAGCGGCCUGAUUGGUUUGAUGACAACAAUGUGACGAUUGACGCAUUGGUGUCAGAGAAGAAUGCAGCAUUUGCUGCACAUGUUGCAGACCCCAGUGACUUGGGGAAGAGUAGUCAGUUUCGCAAACUUCGACGGCGACUGACCCGAGAGCUCCGUCGCAUUAAAAAUGCAUGGUGGACGGAGAAGGCGAAGCAGAUGGAAUGCUACGCCGAACGCCGUCAACACAAGGAAUUCUUUGACUCCUUGAAGGCGGUGUAUGGACCGAGAUUGGAGCCGCUGAGGACACUGAUCGAUGGUAGUUCAGGCGCUACCUGCACCCAGACUGCAGACAUAAUGCAGGUCUGGCGGAAACACUUUGACUGUCUCUUGAACAACCGUUCAGAGAUCGACUGGCCUACAUUGAAUGGCCUGAAGCAGCACGAUGUGAAGGCGGAUCUGGCGGAUACGCCGAGACUGGAUGAGACGCAGAGAGCACUUGCUCAGCUGCGAAACGGCAAAUGUGCCGGAGGUGACGGGAUCCCACCUGAAGUAUUGAAACACGGUGGACCCGCGUUGUUGACUGCGCUGCACCACUUGGUGCAACGCGUGUGGAUUGAGGAGGAAGUGCCUUCUGAGCUGAAGGAUGCCCUUGUGCUACCACUGUACAAGGGCAAAGGUAGCAAGCAAUGUUGCACGAAUUAUCGUGGCAUCAACUUGCUGAGUUGUGUGGGCAAGGUGAUUGCCCGAAUCCUGCUCAAUCGCCUCGUGAGUCAGAUUGUGGAACCAAACGUGGCGGAAGAGCAAUGUGGAUUCCGUUCGGGUCGCAGCACUAUAGAUAUGGUGUUUGCGGCUCGUCAGUUGCAAGAGAAGUGCAGAGAACGACACCAGCCUUUGUACUCGCUUUUUGUUGAUUUCACCAAGGCAUUUGAUACGGUGAACCGCGAGGCACUGUGGCUGGUGUUGGGUAAGUUUGGUUGCCCGCGUAAGUUUGUAAGUUUAAUUGAAUGUCUGCACAGUGGUAUGCGAGCGAGGGUGCAGCUGAGUGGAGAGACCUCUGAUGACUUUACAGUUGUCUCUGGUGUGAAGCAAGGCUGUGUGUUAGCUCCUGCCCUGUUUAAUAUCUAUCUUCAUGCAAUGUUGUCUUGUGCUUUUGAUGCGGCUUGUGCUUACGGUGUUCGUGUGGAGCACCGUAUUGAUGGUGGGUUGCUGAACAUCCGUCGUUUCGGUGCGAGAACUCUAGUCU